UUUUCAUACGCAUGCACACACAGUAGUGAGUGCCUGUGUUCUGCUGCAGGUGUGUUGGCAUAAACAGCUGUCGGCAUUCAUUGCAGUCUUUAGGAAUUUUAAACAGAAGCCUUGCGGGCCCGCACCAUUGCCCAUACAUUGUGGUGAUUGGCUGCUCUUGGCGUCAUUUUCGGUGUAGAACAGAGUUUCCAUCAUGCAGGAGCAAUUUAUUCCUAUUGACAUCCACACCAACAAAUUGCCAGACUGGCUUAUAAGCCGCAGGCAUUGCAUAAGAGACUGGCAACCUGAAGUGGAACUGAUACGAGAAAGGAUAAAUAAUGCUAUCCAAGAUAUGCCCAUUCAUAAAGGCAUAACCAAGUUAUUGUCUGGAACUUACAUAAACUAUUUUCACUGUCUGAAAAUCGUAGAAAUCCUAAAAGAAACAGAAGCAGAUAGUCGGAAUGUCUUUGGGCGUUAUGGCUCUCAGAGAAUGAAGGAUUGGCAAGAGAUUGUACGGAUGUAUGAGAAAGACAAUGUCUAUCUCUCAGAAGCUGCUCAAAUGCUUGUGCGUAAUGUGCAGUAUGAAGUUCCCGGCAUCAGGAAGCAAAUAUCGAAGUGUGAACAGAUGCAAAAUGAAUGUGAGAGGAGAGAAACUGAAUUAAAAAAGCAAGAAAACUCUGCUCUUAAAGAGUUUAAUGUUUCUUGCCAAAAAUUAGGUAUCAAAGGAAAAAGUAUCAAGAAGGAACUAGUUGAGCGUUGUCAAGAACUUCCCACUGUGUACAAAGAAAUGGCCCUUGCUUUGCCGUCAUUGGGGCCAGCAGCAAAACUUUACAAAGCAUUUAUGGAUUUCAUGUGUGAACCUGAUGGCAAAAGAGAAUGUGUUCCUUUGCUUUUAUUUAUGAUAGAAAAUGGUAAUACAACUACUUAUGAGUGGAUCCACAAAGAAAAGCCCUUGAAAGUGGAAGAACCAAUUUUCAACAUUUCAUUGGAUGAUGAAGAUGAAUCAAAGAAAAGUGAUGUGAUUGACUUUGGAGAUGGUAUUGACUUUGGAGACAGCAGUGGAGGAAUCGACUUUGGCGAGGAUGUGCAGGUAGAAACUGGUGACAUUGAUUGGGGAUCAGGAGAUGGUAUUCAAAUAGACAGUUCUUCUGGUGCAGAGGAAAUUGACUUCAACAUUUCCCUUGAGGAGAGUGGAAUUGAAGUGCAAGGAGGAGGUCUAGAAGGAGGUGUAGCUUCUGGCAAUGAGGCUCUGAACUUGCUCGACAACCCGGUCACAAGAAUGGAUUUCAUCAACGAUUUGCUUGAGGUGGAAUCUUUUCUUAAGAUUAGGAUUCACGAGUUAUCAUCUGGUGGCAGUGAUAUGUUAUCUCUCUCCCAACUUCAAAAUUCUGAGACACUUUUGCAGGCUCAGACCAUUGAAAGUGUACAGGAAAAGCUGAAAAAUGUUCAAACAAUGAUAACCAAAAUGAAUGAUCCAACACUACACCAUUUGUACACCAUUCGCCAUUCUCCAAGGUAUGUUGACAAUCUUGCAGCAACUCUUAAGCAGAAACUUUCUUUGGUGGACAAGAGCAUCACACAACAAAAGUUAGUUAAUGCGAAGGGCAUUGAACAUGGAGAGUUAGCUAAAGAGCUUCGCCCAAAGCUUGAGCUAAUUAUAUCUAAAACAAAGGAACUGCAAAGCCAGAUUGAGGCAGAUAUUUCAAAGAAGUACAAAGGACGUCCAGUCAAUAUCAUGGGUGGUGUUAGUACAUUAUAAUCAAAAGUAAAAAAAAAAAUAGUUUUUUAAUUUUAUUGUUAUAAUUUUUCUCAGAUUGUUUUUAUCAUUGAAAACAGCAAUAUGUAUAUUCUCAUUUAUUGUAAAUAGUAAUUGGCUUGGAAAUGUAAAAUGCAUUUACAGGUGCAGUUUUCACGUUUGUACUUUGUGGAAAUAAAGCGCUCAAACAGGUUUGCCUGGCAAAAAGAAACAAAACACAAA